AGCCGGGAAGGGCGGGGCGGAGCCCGGGGAGCAGCUCGGUCUCUGAGGCUGCGGCGGCCCCGGGGGAGCAGCUGCGGAGCCCGGAGGAGGCGACAUGGCCAUUGUCUCAGAAGAUGGAUUUUAUCAGAGUUCCAACUCAAUGUACAAAACUCCAAACAGCCCUUCACCAGAUGAACAUUCUCCCUUGCUUGAGGGACAGCCAGAAAGCCAUUAUAACUCCCCCAAGCCUCAUGAUCGCUACCAUGGGGCCUACAUCAUCUUUUUCAGCAUGGGAAUUGGUUCCCUGCUGCCCUGGAACUUCUUUGUCACUGCAAAGGAGUAUUGGAUGUACAAACUGCAGAACUGCUCUUCCCAGGGAGCCUCGGAUAUUCAGAACUAUUUUGAGAGUUAUAUUUCCAUCGCCUCAACAGUGCCUUCCGUUCUGUGCCUCAUAGGGAACUUCCUGCUAGUCAACAGGGUGUCGGUCCAUGUUCGGGUCUUGAGCUCCUUGGCCAUUCUGCUGGUGGUGUUCGUGGUGAUAACAGUGCUGGUGAAAGUGGACACCUCCUCAUGGACCUUUUCCUUCUUCAUCAUCACCAUCAUCUGCAUGGUGGUCCUCAGUGGCACUGCCACCAUCUUCAACAGCAGUAUUUUUGGUCUUGCGGCCUCCUUCCCCAUGAGGAAUUCUCAGGCUCUGAUAUCAGGUGGGGCUAUGGGGGGAACCAUCAGUGCCGUGGCCUCAUUGAUGGAUCUGGCAGCAUCCAAUGAUGUGACAAACUGUGCUCUGGCCUUCUUUCUGACAGCCGACAUCUUCAUUGCGAUUUGCAUCGGCUUGUAUCUGAUUCUUCCCAAGCUUGAGUACGCCAGGUAUUACAUGAAACCAAUACAAUCAAGCCAUGUAUUUUCAGGAGGUUCCUUUAGUGAAGAGGAACAAUCUUCCAGCCUCCUUAAACUUCCACCACAGAUCAUCAGGCUAACAGACCCAAGCUUGCCUCCUCUCUGCUUCAUGCUGAAGAAGACAGCUGUGCUGGGCUUCUGUGUUAUCUAUGUCUUCUUCAUCUCCAUCAUCAUUUUCCCUGCCCUUUCCUCCAAUGUUGAGUCAGUCAACAAGAGUUCUGGAUCUCUAUGGACCAACAAGUUCUUUGUCCCUCUCACCAGCUUCUUCCUGUACAAUGUUGCUGACUUGUGUGGCCGGCAGAUCCCUGCCUGGAUUCAAGUCCCAGGGCCCAAAAGCAAACUUCUCCCUACCCUAGUUCUCCUAAGGACGUUUUUUGUUCCCCUUUUCAUUUUCUGUAACUAUCAGCCUCGGCUCCACUUGGACAAGGUAUUCUUCAAUUCUGAUGUAUACCCGUGCGUCUUCAUCUCACUUUUAGGAUUCAGCAAUGGCUACCUCAGCACCUUGGCACUAAUAUAUGGCCCCAGGAUCAUGCCUAAGGAGCUGGCCGAGGCUACUGGGGUGCUGAUGUCAUUUUACCUCUGUCUGGGUUUAGCCUUAGGUUCAGCCUGCUCUGCCUUGGUGGUCCAUCUUAUCUAGGAAGACAGAAAAAAAUGGCAGUCCUUCUGCUACCCUACCCUUAGAGACAUGUCAACAGCAAAGCAAAAUAUCAUGAGAAGUAACAGAUGGGGUAUCCAGGGUGCCUUGGAUAAGGUAUCUACAUAUUCUGUAAGGAACCUUUUGAAGAAGAGAAAGUCCAUUAGUCAUUCAUGGACCAUCAGUUGAUUUCUGUUACCUGUUAUUUGGAGGUGAACAAAAGGAAGCAGAGCUGGCUGCACUCAAACUAUUGAAAGAUUAAGUAGGGGAAUAAAGAUACAUCCAGACAUAUAAAGAAUAUAUGGUUCUCUGGAAGAAGCAUUAUAUAACAGACAUUUAACCUGAACUAAAAGGGAUACUGAAAAGAAGGUAGUAAAUGGAAGACCAUCAUUGGAGACAGGACAACCUGUCUAGGGGACACUAGACCCCUUUGUCUCUCCAUGGCCCAGGCAACACUGUACAACUCAAGUUUGCAGAUGAGUCAUCAGCCUGGAUUGUUGGAGGGCAAUUCCACUCUGGGAUUUCCUUAAACUGUAUGGGCUUAGACCAAAACAAGACGUUCUACCUUUAAGUAUAUUCCUUAUUUACUAUGAGUCUAACAAUUCUAUUUUUGUCAAUAGUUAGAAACUGGUUUCUUGCUCUUCUUAUCCAUUCAAUCUCUCACUUUUGUGGUCCAUGUCAAACUCUCCAAAAAUCUCUUUAUACUAAGCUUCAGUUCCUUGGGGAAACUUUAAAGCUUUGUCUUUUCUGAGAUGUGGAGAUACAGAAUUCUUGGUGCUUGCUGGAUAGCUGUGGGCUCUCCCUGCAGCUCUCUUCAGCCCUGAAGGAUUCUUCCUUGGAAUGACUCUAUUGGCCAGAGGAGCAGUCUUUAGAUAGUCCUUUAAUUCCAGAAGAAGCCUUACAUUCAGCUAGGAAGAUGCUACUUGUAGGAUACAUCAUCACAAAACGAGGGACUCCAAUCUAUUCUUACAGAUGAGAAAACCAAAGACACAGAGGCGCCAGAAGUCAAACAUGUAUUAAUGAGAGACAUUUGCAUAAUGCUUUAAACUUCACAAGCACUUUGUAAUCUCGUUUACACUUCAAAACAGUCCUGUGGGUGGGUAAUACAGGUAUUAUCUCCAUUCCACAGAUGAGAAACCUGAGAUUUAGCAAGUCACCAUGAGCACAGAGCUGGUAAGUGCCAGUCAAGAUUUUCCACUCUUCCCCCACAGGAUCUAUUUUCUGUAGCUGUCCAUAACUGGAGUUUGUAAGAGCAACUUAUUGAGAGGGGACAUGUUGACCAGGCGGUGAUGGCUGGAGGAGUCGGGGUAGUCUGAGAUGCGCUGGGCCCCUGCUUGCUCCCUGCCAGCCAAGGCCUGUGGCAACGACCCCUAACAUUGAGGUGGCUUGGGCCAUGAAGGCUAUGCAGCAGGCUGGGGUUUAUUCCAAUUUUCAGAUGACCCUCUGUUUCUAAAACUCACUAAAGUAGGUGACCAGAUCUAGUCGGAGUCCCAGGAGAAUUUAGAAAGCGCAAGAUAGCUGUGUUGGACCUAGAAGAACUCAGAUCAGAACCAUGGAGACCAUUUGAUAUGAAGUUCAAUGGUAUUGUUGAAGAUUUCAACUCCUGCAUGCUGCUACAGCUAGACUGUUCUCAGGAGUAUAGUAAAGAAAACACCACCUUGCUAUUAAGGACACAGUUUUUAGCUAUUGAAAUAGCCUGGAACCAGGAAGGUUCUAACCGAGCUGUUAUAACAGUGCUCACAGAACAGAGACCCAGAGAAAGACAAUGCGAUGUCUAGGUAAAGAUCACAAGAACUACCAGUAUUUUAGAUCACUGAAUCAAAUAUACAAGGGAACUUGCAGGAAUCUUUGUAGUUUCCUGACUGGACUAUUGGAGGCAUCGUACAAUCUCUGCUCAAAAUUUAGUUGCAUGGAAAAGCUAUUGUUCAGAAUCAGUUUUUAAAAAUGAUCUCGUGACUAGUCUGGAUAAGUUAAGAAAAUAUGCAGAAAUUCAAUCCAUUGUUGGGUAUGUUUCUGAACUUUAUAUGGAAAUUUUUAUAAAAAGAAUUUCUUUAUACUUUACCUUUUCUUAGUGUUCUCAGAAGUCAAUAAUUCCUGAAAUGUAUAUGCUCAGUAAUUCUUAUUCUAAGACAACAAUUGUCUUAUUUGUUGUCAGAUCUGCUAUACCUCUUGUACAUUUGUAGAUUAACAGUUUAGACAUUUGGUUGCAAUGGUAACCUGCCAGUUAUUGGCAUUAUGCCAAUCAUUAUAUGCCUUAAUAUCCGUGCAGGGACUAGAACAUUUAAACAACCAGAUGAGAAUAAAUUCAGUAGAAACAAAAAAGAAAAAAAAGGAGAAAGAUAUUUGAACCCAGAUCUUUCCUAGUCCCACAUUCACUCUGCCAUGUUGCUGACUCCAAAUUCAGUGUUUUUACCACUAUACCAGGGAUUUUCUUUUGUAUCCUUGACCCCCUUUGGCAGCCUGGUGAAGCCCGAGGACCUUUUCUCAGAAUAAGUUAUUUAAAUGUAUAAAAUAAAAUGUAUAGGAUAACAAAGGGAACUAAUUGUAUCAAAAUAUAAUCAUCAAAGUCCAUGAAGCUCAAUUUAAGAACCCCUUGGACUUUAUUAUGAGGAUGCCCUCUGUGUAUAAA